ACUGUUAUAAAAAGAUACUCUGUGAUUUCUAAUUUGCCCGUAGUGUUUCUAAUUUCUAAAUAAUCUAAUCACAAAUUAUAAAGUUGUAUGUACAAGAAAUCUAAUUUCUAUCACAAAUUAUAAAGUUGUAUGUACAAGAAUUUCUAUCACAAACACAAAUUAUAAAGUUGUAUGAUUUCUAUAUAGUUUGUUUGUGUAACUGUGACUAAUAUAAAGUUGUACUUAACUAUUUUAUAUGCAUUAAUAUGUUUUAACUAAAAAAAAACUAUCAUAAUGGAUGACGGACUCUUGAUUACACCUAUCCCAAAAUUAUCUCCUAAUCCAAAAAUAAUUGCAUUAGAACAAACAUUACAACAAUCUAUCAUAAACUUCAAAGAUCUUGUUUUAGAAUUUGAGAACAUUUAUAUAGAAUCAGAAUGCUAUAAAAGUCAAAUUUUGGAGCAAAAACAAAAGUGUGAAAACAAAACUUGUACUAGUUCCGAGGCAUUUAAAGAGAUGAUUGCAAAAAAGGAUAACAUUAUUCAGUCUAUAGGAGCUAUAUUAAUGAAGUUAAAUGAGACAAAGAAUUUUGCUAUCAUAAGUGAUGCUCUUCAGAUUAUUUUUGAAGACCAGUUACUAUUGACACCACCAACUUCCAAUGAUGAUAUGCUUAAAAAGGAAUCUUCUAACAAUCUCAAAGGUGAUCAAGAAAAUUCGUUUGCUAAUUUAAGCCAUAGAGAUACUUCAGUGUCAGAAAUUGAAGGUACUCCCUCGGGUAGAAAGAGUCCAAUUAUACAUAGCAAAAAAUUAAAAAAUUCCGCUGUAACUACAGAAAGUUGUAAGGUACAAGAAAAAAAGAGACUUCCCGAUUCUUGGCCAACGCCGGAGAAUAAGAUCGUAAAGCUGACUUUUCCACCAUCUAAAUGCAAGUCCAGUGGCAGACUGAGACAGAGUCGCCUGAACCUCGUUAAGGUCAAAUCUACAAACAUUGUGGAUCUGACAAUUUCACCUGAUGUGUUGGGAGAGCUUGGAAAUUUCCAAAGUGAUAGUAACUUGCAGAACAUAAAAAAGGAAUUAAUUGAAAACGACGACACGAUUCUACCAUCGCCAACUAGUGGCCCCAUAAAUUUAUCGGCAGCAUUCAAAAAAGGUCUAAAGGACAGUCCGAGUAAGUUAAGAAAUUCCUCAUCUGUGAAUAAAUUUAAAUGCAAAAGUGAAAGUAAAUGUGUUAAAAAUGAAAAUAAUAAUUCCAUUGAAGAGAAUAUAGAUAUUACAGAGAUGGAAGAUUGUGUUAAUGUUUUGAAAGAAUAUAACAGGUGUAAAAACAGCCCUAGUAAACUCAAGAAGCCAUUGUCGAUGAAUAAAUUGAAAACUGAAACCACAUUUGUCGAUGAAAACAAUGAAAAUGUACCCUAUGGAAAGAGUGAAGCGAAAGAAAUGAAGGAAUCUAUUGAUAUUUUAUUGCAUUUCCCAAAGAGAUUCCCAACCAAGCAAGAGCACAGUACUCCUGUAAAAUCCAUGGUCCAAAACAGCGAAGAUGUAAAUGAGAGCAUGUCGCUACUGCAGAGGAUCAAUAAAUUCGACAAAAUCCAUCCAGAAGAGCAAAACGACCCGUGCAGCCCAAGCAAGCGACCACUAUUGGAGAAGAACAACGUGCAAUCACAGUGCGAGUCUAGUAUGUCGGUGUUGCAGACAAAUUUCAACACCAAAGUCCAACCAUCAACCUUAAGCGAAAAUGUCAAAAGAACUAAACCGGAUGUGAUAGAACCAAUCUUUAAAGAACCCACUGUAAGGAAAAAGUCGGAGAAACAAGCGUUGCCGGGCUGGAGUUGUGAUCAAUGUAAAGAGUUCUACGCCGAGCUGUACAAGGAUGAUCCAGAGAUGCUGCGCCAGAAGAUGGAGGAGUGUUCGCGCCACCGCGGGCGGCGGGACCCGGCGCGCGCGCGCACGCCGCCCGGCUUCUGGCAGCCGCGCUGGCACGUGCCGGACGACACCGACGAAUUCAACCGACUCAACGACGCUCUAUGAACGCCAUUUUAAAAUAAAUUUAUAGACAAAUU